CUCCUUGGUCGCCGUAGCUCACGUUAUCCCUGCAUACCGGAAGCUACGUAGUCCUUUUCCCCGCAGACUCCAACAUGGCAAGAGGACCGAAGAAGCACCUGAAGCGCGUCGCAGCGCCGAAGCACUGGAUGCUGGACAAGCUCACCGGAGUGUUCGCUCCGCGUCCUUCAACUGGUCCCCAUAAGCUGAGGGAGUGCCUGCCCCUCAUCAUCUUCCUGAGGAAUCGCCUCAAGUAUGCCCUGACAGGGGAUGAGGUGAAGAAGAUCUGCAUGCAGAGGUUCAUCAAGAUUGACGGCAAGGUCCGCACCGACAUCACCUACCCUGCUGGGUUUAUGGACGUGGUCAGCAUUGAGAAGACAGGCGAGCACUUCCGUCUCAUCUACGAUGUCAAGGGACGUUUUGCUGUUCACCGUAUCACAGCUGAGGAGGCCAAGUACAAGCUGUGCAAGGUGAGGAAGAUUAUCGUUGGCACCAAGGGAAUCCCCCACCUGGUGACCCAUGAUGCCCGCACCAUUAGAUACCCUGACCCUCUCAUCAAGGCCAAUGACACAAUCCGCAUUGACAUAGAGACUGGCAAGAUCACAGAUCACGUCAAGUUUGAUACUGGCAACCUGUGCAUGGUGACUGGUGGCGCUAACUUGGGCCGCGUUGGUGUGAUCACCAACAGGGAGCGUCACCCUGGCUCCUUUGACGUUGUGCACGUGAAGGAUACCACAGGCAACACCUUCGCUACCAGGCUCGGCAACAUCUUUGUCAUUGGCAAGGGCAACAAGCCGUGGGUGUCCCUGCCCAAAGGAAAGGGAAUCCGUCUGACCAUCACCGAGGAGAGAGACAAGAGGCUCGCUGCCAAGCAGGCCAGCAGCUAAACUGGUCAAAACACCACCUGGUUUUCAAAUAAAUUGUUAUUUACAACACA